AUGAAAUGGAUUAAUAAAAAAGAAUUUGGGAAAUUUAGUGUUGAGGAAUAUAAAGAAGAUGAAAUAGAAAAUAAUGAGAAUGAAAUAGAAAAUAAAGAUAAUAAAAAUAAUAAUAAUAAUAAUAAAAUUAUAUUAUUAAAAAUGAAUGAUAAUGAAAAUAGAUUUAAUCCAAUAAAUUUAAAAUAUAUUAAUCAAGCAUUAGAUUAUAUUGAAUCAAUAGAGGAUUGUUGUUGUUUAAUAACUACAGGUACUGACGAAUCAAAGUAUUAUUCAUUAGGAUUAGAUUUGGAAUGGGUCAAGCCAAGGGGAAAAUCAAGUUUCUUUAAUUUACUCUACGAUUUAUGUGUUUUAUUAGAGAGGAUAUUAACAUUUUCAAUACCAACUAUAUCAUGUAUCAAUGGUCAUUCAUAUGCUGGUGGAGCUAUAUUCUCAUUAGCACACGAUUAUCGAGUUAUGAAUGAUAGUAAAGGUUUCAUUUGUGUCAAUGCAAUAGAUAAUAAUAUACCAUUACCACCUGGUUUAAUCGAUACCAUGAAAUGCAAAAUCAACAAUCCAUCACUCUAUAGAGAUUUUGUUUUAAUGGGCAAAAGAUAUGGUGGCUUAGAUGCUGAAAAAUUACAAUUGGUAGAUAGAACUUCAAAUCCUUCCACAAUUUUAGAGGAAUCAAUUAAAUUGGCCAAAGAAAUUGGGUUCAAAGAUAAAUUAACUUUUUCUUGUUUAAAAAUAGAAUCAUAUAAAUUAGUUAGUCAAUCAUUAUUAAAUAAAGAUUUAGGUCAAGCUUUAAAAUUAAAAAUGUUUGAUUAG